CGCGUAAAGAGAUGAGACUGGGAAAGACUCUGCAUGAAGAAGACAGAUAAAACCCUAUCUUUGACACCUAAGCCAUGAAAUCAUUCUUUUCCUUUGAAAAUUCACUGAUUUACAGCUUCUUUUCACACCAUACACUUCUCAUAUAAAACCCUUAGAUUUUUAGCAGCUUCUGUUAAUUGAAUCCCUUUUAAAUGGAGGGAUAUGCACAAUAUCGUCAUCACUACACCGUGAAUAUAGAUACUGCCUCCGCCACCGCCGGCGACAGGUUCCCUCAAUGGAGUAUUCAAGAAACCCUGAAUUUCUUGAUGAUUCGUGGCGAGCUCGACCAAAACUUCAUGGAAACCAAACGCAACAAGCUUUUAUGGGAAUUGAUUUCUAUGAAAAUGAAAGAAAAAGGUUACAAUAAAAGCUCUGAGCAGUGCAAGUGCAAAUGGAAAAACCUAGUCACUCGAUACAAGGGAUAUGCAACCAUGGAAGCAGAAGAUAUGAGACAACAGUUUCCGUUUUACAAUGAACUUCAUGCUAUAUUUGUUGCAAGGAUGCAAAGGAUGGUAAGUUUUGAGGCAGAAGACGGGUCAAAUUCAAAGAAGAAAGCAGUCCAAGAAAUUUCUUCAGAUGAAGAAAACAAUAGCGAUGGGGCAAAGAAGAAGAGAAAGAUUAAAGGCAAUGCAAAUCCAAGUGGUUCUUCAAGUAGUACUGGGAAAUUGAAUAUAACUAAUAUAAAAGAAAUAUUGGAGAAUUUCAUGAAGCAACAAAUACAAAUGGAGAAUCAGUGGAUUAAAGCCUACGAGGAAAGAGAAGAAGAGAGAAGGAUAAAGGAGAUGGAGUGGAGACAAACAAUGGAAGAUUUGGAAAACGAGAGAAUAAUGAUGGACAGUAGAUGGAGAGAGAUAGAAGAACAAAGGAGGAUUAGAGAGGAGACAAGAGCUACAAAGAUGGAUUUUCUUAUUACAACUAUCCUAAACAAGCUAACAAGAGAAGACUUGUAGUGCACAUUUGGUAUCAGUAAGUGUUACACAAAAUUGGAAGACAGUAUGACGAACAAAAUUUCAGGUUUUUUCUUUUUAUUUUUUAUUUUUAAUAUUGCCGACGAUAUAAUGAACAAAAUUUCAAAUUCUGCAUGCAAGAGGGGAAAAGACUUUAAAGAGGUUUGGCUUGGAACUCUAAUUUUGAAAUAUUGACUAGUACUCCAAUUUCAUGUUUUAUUGAAAUAAUUUCUAGUUUUGCUGUCCCAUUUUUUUUAUUAUGAUUUAGAACUUUAGGUUUACAUAGCAGAUAGUGAAACUGUUAUCAUUUAUUAGCUGGUAUGGGGGUGGCUUACAAGUUCCAAGCAUUCCUAAACACGUCGGUCUUAAAAAAUAGCAAGCAUAUUUUAGCCAAGAGGCAGAAAAUAAGUACCAUGGUUCAUACUAUUUGGCUUAUUUUUUAUUAUGAUUUAGAGCUUUAGGUUUCGUAAGCAGAUAAUGCAAUUGUUGUCACUUACUAGCAUGUUUUCCAAACAUUGCUGACAUGUUGGUCUUAUUUCUUAAUAAUAGCAAGCUUAUUGUUUAGAUUUGUGGUCCAUCUUAAUAAGGUCAACUUUAUUAAAAGGAAUGAUCCAAAAUCUAUUUAAGUUGGUCAAUAUUUCGGUAUUUAACCGAUGUGAGAUAUAUUCCUUUAACAUGCCCCCACAAGAUGGUGGCUCUUUUUGAGCAGAUUAAUCUUGAAAUUCGUGUACUCAUUUUUGAGACUUAACCGGAUCGAAUAGCUCGUUAGAGCUUAUUAGGCUUUGAUAUUAUGUUAAGAUUUGAGAUCCAUAUUAAUAAGGUCAACCUUAUUAAGAGGAGUGACUCAAGAUCUAUUUAAGUUGACCAAUAUUUUGGUAUUUAACCGAUUUGAAAUUUAUUCCCUUAACACUUAUUUUAGCCAAAAGGUAGAAAACAAGCUCUCAAACAUAAGUACCAUGGUAUGAUUUGACUGAAAUUAUUAGUAACUUAUAAUUUUCAGUGAAAUUCAAACGCUAAUCUCAACCACAUAUUCGUUACUACUACUUUUUUUUAUUAUCCAUUCACUUCAUAGGAUUUGUUGUUAUUCCUCCUUCUAAGUUACUAAUUAAUUUUACCCAAAUACAGGCAAAUUGUAUAAAAAAAAUUAGUUAUUCAAAAAUCAUUAAACAACAUGGAGUAAUUUGUCAUAUUGAUUUCGCUUAUAAGUAAGUAGCUUGCCAAAGAGCCACCCCAUACAUGUAGAGAGAGAGAGAGAGAGAGAGAGAGAGAGAGAGAGAGAGUUUUCCCUUUUAUUGAUGUUUUAUAUUGUUGAUAUGAAGUCUAAUGUCGCGUAAUACAAGUACAACUUUGUUCGAUUAAGUUGCUUGAAUGCAACAGCCGAAGAGUCAGAAAAAAUGUUUGAGAUGAUUUCAACAGGCUUUUGGAUAAGUAGAUUUUAGUAUUUUACUUCUGAGAUGACCAAGUUGUUCAUUGAGCCAUUCUAUGUCAUGUUAAGAUUUGCAUUUAUUGCUCUCGAAUUUGAUACUUCGGUCUUUCCUUUCGAUUCUUAUUCAUUGAAUUGGACGGUUGUCAAAAUUUUUCGAAACAUGCGAGUCACAUUUUCAUCAUAAUCCUACUGUCCCCCAAGUUUUUUCAUAAUUUUUUAUUGGUGAAUAAGUACAUUUCUCACGUUCGUAUCACAUGUGCUAGCAUGCAUUCCCAAGGAUGAAAAUAGCUUUCCUCCAUAGGGAGGAAAUCUUUGGAGUUCGAGCUUGUGCCGAGGUAAUACCGUUGAUGAUGGUAUUAGGUCUUCACUUAGUUAAGAGGACCCGACUAAUUCGUUGAGCAAUUUUGUUUGGUGUACAUUAUGGUUGACAAUUUUUUUUUUAAUAUUUUGAGAUGUAGUACAUUAUUUUCCAUUGAUUUUAACAACACUUAAAAUAAUUAAUGACAUUGAUUUUUAUA